AUGAUCAAAUUCACCUUUCGUGUUGUCUACAUUAUCCUUAUUCUAGGAUUGAUGGUGAAUGAGAUUCAAGGAAAACAAGGAAUAUGUCAUAAGAUUUUAGCAGACACUGAUUGUGGUCUUGGCUCUUGUACCGCUCUGUGCUUACAACUAAGGAAAGGAACUGGCAAGUGUGUUGCAACAAAUGAUGGAAGCUUGAUAUGCCUCUGCAAUUUUCAUUGCAUUAUUCCUGAUUUUUUCACUUUAUUUUGA